AUGAUGGGCCGUGAACUAAAAUCAGUACAUGAAGCCAAACCUGUCAUGAUGCAGGAUGGUAGUGGAGCCAAAAGGCAACAAAUGACUACUGGAUCAACAACUAAUGCAGGUUGUAGACCAAAAAGUGGAAAUUGGAGAAAUCAUAAUUUUAACUCUAGAGCAUUUGAUGCGUCAUCCACAAAAAGACCUGCACAAGAAGCGGAACUUGUGAUGCAGUAUGCUGGUGGAGCCAAACCAAGACUACAACAUUUUAUUAAACAGGAACAAUAUCCACAGAAAGACAGAAAAAGAGAAAAUGAAAAAGAAAGGAAUUCAAAAUGGCAUCAAGGAAAUAAUAAGCAACCUUUCAAGCACUUUCCUUUAAACUUCACCGAGGUGUUAAAGAUGAUUACAGAUAACGACCCCGGUCUUGUUGUUCAGAAAUUUGCUGAAGAAAGUACUGGACUCGGGCAGUUUUUGAAAAGCAACCCUGCAAAUUGGGAGAUUGUUGAAUUGAUCCUAGCAGUGAUUGGGAACUUUUGCUUCAACAAAGGGCCCGUGCUCUUUCACAACGCUUUUAUCAAAAUCGUUCAAAUUUUGGGUGACAAUGCAGUUUUUAAGAAUUUGGAGAGUGUUAUACUCAACAUACCGAAAUCUCGAUCUUCAAAUUUGGGUUCCAAAGAAGAACGUUUGACUCGACUAAUUAGGAGCAUAAGUUAUUUGACGACGGAGAUGAUGACGGUGAUGCCAGCGCUCACCUGCGACUAUCUGGGAGAGAGAUUUUUUGAGGACGUGUGUGCUCUUCAAACUAUGCCAUCGUUUAGAGAUUUCAAUGUUAACGAUGCUUUCGACUCACUUGAAAAAGAGGGAGCUGAUCGCCUGAAGAAUGCUUGGGAACAACACUCAAAAGCGAUAAAAUCCAAUUGCGAUGGAAAUCAAAGAGAGCUUAUCCGAAUUCAACGGCAGGAACUGAUGAUUCAUUUGAAACCGCCAGAUGAUUUUCGAGAACUCAGCGUCAUGCCUGAAUGGGAAGACGUAUGUACGGACGCCGAACCUUUCCUACGACCAAGUCUCAUCAAAGGCACUUAUCCAGACGUGGAUACAUACCUGGAUAUCCAGUUCCGACUGUUGCGUGAAGAUUUCUUAAAUCCGUUGCGGGAAGGACUUGUCGCCUUCAGAGAAAAGAUAGAAAAACAGAAGAAACAGCAAAUUCGUGUGGACAACAUUAGGCUGUAUUAUGACGUGAAGAUCGAAGAUGAUGACGACAGCUCGGUCAGCGGAAGUAGUUACAUUUUGGAUUUUUCAACCAAAGGCUUUCAACGGGUUAACUGGGAAGGCAGCAAGCGAUUGCUUUUUGGAUCUCUACUUUUGUUUCAACUCCUUCAUGCUAUUCACUGUCGUUGA